UUGAUGAGGGGGUAGGUGGGUGUUUAUCAUUUUUUUCCAAUUUUGUACCAAGUUGUAGACAAAAAAAGGGGGAGAAGGGGGUGUGGGUGUGUGUGUGUGUGUGUGUGUGUGUUUACUUUAAGAAUCUUCAUGGGUUGUGCCCACUUCAAUGGAAUAACUACUUGCAGUUGCAGAUAUUGAUUCAAAUAUUACCAAAAAAAAGAAAAGAAAAAAAGAUUGACAUGGAAUUGUGGUCCGUAUUAGGAUUAUGUGGUUCCUUUUGUUACAUGUUAAGAGAGUUGAGACCAUCCAAGAUACUUGACUAAUUUAUUAGAGGUUGGUAAGAGGCGUUAUCAAAAAUUGAGAAAAUUUUCCUUUUCAUAUAGUCCCAAAAAAUCACAAAUCCUUCAUGCGUUUUAUAAUAUUUGCAAAGUGUUGUUAUCACUGUUAAUUUUCUGUAACUCAAUGAUUUCUUUAUUGAUAAAUUUAUACUGCAUAUGGUAUUAGUCAGGUAAGCCACCCUGGAAAAGUACAAUAUCCUAAGGACUGUCUGAUAGAGAUAUAUGCUUAUUGUUUUUUAUUUCUUUUUCUUUAAUCUUUUUCAACUCUUGUAUGGAGACAAGUUAGCAGGAAUCUAGUGUUUUGGUUUCCUAUAACAGUGAUGACCUGAGCUGAACAAGAAAAUGAAGGAAAAAAUUAAGGGGUGGUGGUGGGGAAGGGAAGUAGUGGGAAUACGGAGAUAAUUGGGUCAAUCUUUCACUGAAAACCAGGGAACAGUAGACAUUUAAAUGUGAUUUUCUUCCUUUUCUUAUUUUACAUCCCUCAGUUCAUUUUUCUUUUUUUCCUGGAGGAAGAGAAGGGAGUUCCUGAAUAAUGGAUGAAAAGAGGGUGUCUGGUUCAUAUUUAAUUGUCUCUGAAGGGAAGACUGAUAGCUUCUAUCCGAUGUAUUUUGGUGUUUCUUGUGCUUUAUGUGCUCUCAAAGUCUUAACAAAGCCUCACAAAGACGAUGAUAAAUGGGUUGAAUUAUGUGAUAAAAUGCUUCAAGGAAGUGCCCAACUCCUUGGAUUGCUUGUUUGGAGAAUCCAAAGAGAGAAAGCAAAUGAUGGGCUCAGUGAGCUUCUCUGCAAACUUGAGACUGCAGAGAAAGAGAUCAAAGAGCUAAAGCAAAUCAGGCGUGAGGAUGCAAAGGCAAAUGAGAAAGUUGUUGGCAUCUUUGCAUCACAAGAGCAGAGCUGGUUCAUGGAAAGGAAGAAGCUCAGGCAACAUGUUGGAGCUCUUAUGAAUGAAGUGAGGGUUCUCCAGAAACGGAAAGAAGAGGCUAUAUGUGAAAGAGAUGACAAACUCAAGGAGAUAGAGCUGUUAAUCCAGUCUAAGGAUAAGGCAUUAGUGGAAGAGGAGAAUAAGAAGAAGGAGUUAGAAGAAAAGUUAAUAAAUGUUGAAAAUGUUGCAGAUGAAUUAAGAGAAACUGCUAAGCGAGAAGCUCAAGAGUAUUCUACUGAUCUCUGGAAGCAUAAAACUGCUUUUCUUGAGCUGGUGUCAAACCAACGACAGCUUGAAGCUGAGCUUGGUAGAGCACUUAGGCAACUGGACACUAAAAAUCAAGAGAUUGAUCUGGUAUUGGAGCAAAAGGAGGAGUCAGUCUUGUUGGCCCAGAAACUAUCCAUGGAAGUCGUAAAGACGCGCAAGGAUUUGGAGCAAAAAGAUAAGAUCUUAUCUGCAAUGCUAAGGAAAUCCAAACUGGAUACAGCUGAAAAACAGAUGCUCUUAAAGGAGGUUAAACUAUCGAAAGCUAAAAGGAAGCAAGCCGAACUAGAAACAGAAGGGUGGAGAGCUAUCUCUGAAUGUAAACAUGAGAGACAUUCUUUGAGAAGCAUGUUUGCUCGCCAAGGCAAUUUAAGAUCAGAUGAUCCUUCAAUUGCAAGAGGAACAUCACAAGUGGGGAAAGGCAGAUCACAACCCACUGAUUAUGUUCUUGAGUAUGAGAAUCCUGAGUUUCGGAAGGAUUCUGAAGUUCCUAGUCCCCUUUCCGAUUUCUAUUCACCAGAAAUGAAUGAUGAACUAGCAAUUACAGCUGAUGUCAAGAGGUUGGAAGGAUGGGUUCACUCAGAAGCAGAAAAGUAUGCAACAUCAAUUCAGAAGAGGCAUAAUUUAGAAAUAGAUGCUUUUGCAGAACAGAUGAGACUCAAAGAUGAAAAGUUAGAAGCUUUCCGUUGGCGAAUGCUAAGCAUGGAAAUAGAAUUAAAGCGACUGCAGUCUCAUGUUGAAGGACUGAACCAGGAUAUAUCACAGCUCAGACGAGAGAAUAUGAAAUUGGAAUCAUUGCUAAUGAAGAGGCAAGAAGAGUUAAAUGCCUUCAAAAUGCAAUUUGCAAGACAGGUGAAACCUCAGAUUUGCCAGAAGACAGACUUAGAUUCAUCUUUACCAGAUCCAGCAUCAGCACUUGAAGCCUCCAGCAUUCAGAUUGUAAAGAGAGAACCUGCAGAAAGGGAUCAAGAAACAAAAGCAGAUUUAGUGGAAAUGUGUCAAGAGAAUGAUGCAGAGAGAGAACAAGCGCUAGCCAUAAAUAACCAGUCCAAAAGUGUUGUUUUCAAUGUCCAAUCUCCUGAAAAAGAGUUUGAAGAAGAGAAGGACCAUACUUCCCUGAAGGACAAAAGGGUGAGUCUUGUGGAGGUUGGAGUUGUUGAGAAGUUACCUUCACCAAGGCAACCAUUGACAAAGGCAAACAGUUCACCAUUGAGAAUGGAUCUCCAAGCUCUUGGAGUUUCUUACAAGAUCAAGAGACUGAAGCAGCAACUCAUAAUGCUUGAGAGAUUGACAGGAAAACAAGAAAGUGAGGAAGAUGCAGAAAACAAUGAAGAUGCGCAGAAUGAGAUAAAGGGCUUCCAAUUACUUCUGUCUUUACUUAAUAAACAAAUUGGCAGGUACCAGUCUCUCCAAAGCAAGACCGAUGAACUUUGCAAGCGGAUGCAUGAUAAUGAUGUAGACAAAACCCGUGGAGAUUCCAGUACUCUAAAAACAAAAGGAGAGACUAAAACAUUAGAGCAUUUUCUUGAGGAGACAUUUCAGCUUCAGAGAUAUAUGGUUGCAACAGGACAGAAAUUGAUGGAAGUUCAGUCCAAGAUUUCUUCUGAACUAGUUGGGGUCCCUGAAGAGCUUGAUAAGUCUGUCAGCUUCGAUACAAAACGCUUUGCUGACAACAUAAGAACUCUGUUCCAAGAAGUUCAAAGAGGUCUUGAGGUUCGAAUUUCACGAAUUAUCGGAGAUCUUGAAGGCACAUUGGCUUGCCAGGGGAUGAUACGGCUGAGGAAAUAGAAGUAGGAAUAACAAUACCAACAACAAUACAAGGAUGAAUAAGGUUUAGAAAGUGAGUCAUGGUGUGAUUUACAAAGAGUUUCUGCUCAUAUGUAUAGUUAAAUUUGUACAGGAAAAACACAAAUUUUAUUGCAAUAGCAUUUCCUUUACAGAUC